AUGAGGGCACCGGCACGAGGAGGACGCGGCGGGAGGGGUUUCGGCGGGAGAAGCGAUGGCGGCGGCCGCGGGGGGAGGGGGUUCGGCGGGAGAAGCGACGGCGGCGGCCGCGGGGGUAGGGGCCGGGGAGGCAGAACGCCGAGGGGCGGCCGUGGGGGAAGAGGAGGACCGGGCAUGAAGGGCGGGAGCAAGGUGGUCGUGGUGCCGCACAAGCACGACGGCGUCUUCAUCGCCAAGGCCAAGGAGGACGCGCUCUGCACCAAGAACAUGGUCCCCGGAGAGUCCGUCUACGGCGAGAAGCGCGUCUCCGUCCAGAAUGAGGACGGGACCAAGGUUGAGUACAGGGUGUGGAACCCCUUCAGAUCAAAGCUGGCUGCUGCGGUGCUUGGCGGUGUUGACAACAUCUGGAUUGCUCCUGGUACUCGUGUGCUGUAUCUUGGUGCUGCCUCAGGAACAACAGUGUCUCAUGUUUCUGAUAUUGUUGGACCGACUGGGUUGGUUUAUGCAGUGGAGUUCUCGCACCGGAGUGGCAGGGAUCUCGUUAAUAUGGCCAAGAAGAGGACCAAUGUCAUUCCCAUCAUUGAGGAUGCUAGGCACCCUGCAAAGUACAGGAUGUUGGUCGGCAUGGUUGAUGUUAUCUUCUCAGAUGUUGCGCAGCCUGACCAGGCUAGGAUCUUAGCCCUUAAUGCUUCAUACUUCUUGAAGAAUGGUGGUCACUUUGUCAUUUCAAUCAAGGCGAACUGUAUUGACUCCACCAUGCCUGCUGAGGCCGUGUUCGCCAGUGAAGUGGAGAAGCUGAAGGCCGAUCAGUUCAAGCCCUCGGAGCAGGUGACCCUGGAGCCCUUCGAGCGUGACCAUGCCUGCGUCGUGGGUGGUUACAGGAUGCCCAAGAAACAAAAGCCGACCUAAGUAGAAGAAAUGUUGUGAUCUACGAUAGUAUUCUGGUUUAUUGGUAGUAUUGUCCGUGUUAUGGGGAUUAUCAAAAAAUGCUGGUUCUACAUGCAGUUACUUGGUUAUGUUAAUCUGCAUUUGAACAGUAAGUUGAAUGAUGUUGCCAUGUCUUGCUUGGAAAUGUUUACUUUUGGCAGUAGUAUUAUCCAUCACACCGCUA